AUGGCAGACGAAAAAAAGCUUAUGAGCGACGACGGUCAGUCUGCAGAAGACGAGACGCUUCUUAGUGCGUAUUUAGACUUUAUGAACACCAAGACCGAGUUAAACAGUAUCGAAAAAUGUAGUUAUAUAAAUGGCCACGGUACAUCGUCAGACGAUGCUAUCGACGAAUUCGAAAUAUUCAACAGAGCUUUUACCAAAAUCGAAAACGAUGCGAAUAGCAAGCCACUCUAUAAGAGCAUUAGGGCGGAUAUAAAGGAAUUGUCGCCGAUAAAAUGUCAACUGUUGGCUAAAUGCAGACAGAGGGCUCACGAAAAAAAUCUAAAACAGGAAAUCUACUGGGCCACAGUGGAGAAACGCGUCGACGACGAAAUGUCUACAGACACCAAAGUAGAAAAGUUAUCGUUUAAGGACGUGUGGGAGGACGUGGUGCACAUGAAAUCUACUAAACAGUUUUGUAAGUAUUUGAUGGAAAACCCAGAUUUGGAAAAGCCAAAAUAUCUCGCCGAUGUCGGGUAUUUUAACAACAAUCCGAAUACUAGGAAAAAAAAUUGGGAUCGAAAAUCUUCACAUGAAAAUAUAAAAAAGUCGUAUAUCCCUCGUUUCUAG